AUGUUUUGCGCCCGCCUUUUAAGCGGUCCAAUUCCUCGCAGGAACGUAUCCAGGGCGGUGUUCCGUAUCACUUUCCGACUCUUCACCGUCCAUAACCAGCGAAUACUUAUCAUGGCUCCCAAGCAGGCCACUUUGGGCAAGUUUUUCGGACAGAAGGGUUCCAAGCCCGAGCCCCAGCAAAGCAAGUUGAGCUUUGCUACAAAAGCAGCUCCCAAGAAGGUCACGGACGAGACAGGGACUUCUACUACUAGCUCAAAGGCUACAAAGGAAACCACAAGAAAAUGCACUCACACCCCGUCCGCAGAGCCUAGGAAACGCACCCGAAGCCCGAGCCCCGUAGUCAAGUCGACAAGCACUGAAGUUAAGGCGGAGGCCUCUGAAGAAGAAGGAGACGAGCCCGUUGAUAAGAGACCCCGCAGAGGCCGUCAGCGUGUUCUAGAAGAGGAGGAUGAGGAUGAAGUAAUGGACGAAGCCGCUGCCAAGUCUCCCUCAAAGUCACCUAAAGCGUCAAAAGCCAGGAAGAACAAUCCCAGGAGGACAGGAAAUGCAGCGGCCUCGCCCAAAAAGUCCAAGUCUCCUUCUCCACUCCCAGUCGCUAAAGACGAAGAGGACAAAUCUGCAGAGUCUACGUCCGAGACUGAUGUUGACGAAGAAGAAGAGGUCAAGUCAACAGCAGCGAAAAAAACGCUGGAAAAGGUACAGAUGAAGCUCAAGACCGCAACCAAGGACCCGUACCCAGAUUGGAAGCCAGGCCAGCCGGUCCCCUAUGCAGCACUCUGCAAAACGUUUUCACUCAUCGAGCUUACGACCAAGCGACUUGAGAUCAUGGCUCAUUGCUCGUUGUUCCUUCGGCAAGUUCUGCGUUUGACGCCAGACGAUCUGUUGCCGACUGUCUUGCUCAUGAUCAACAAGCUAGCUCCUGAUUAUGCUGGUAUUGAACUCGGCAUUGGCGAAUCAUUAAUCAUGAAGGCAAUUGGUGAAACAACAGGUCGCAGUCUUGCUGUUAUCAAGCAAGAUCAAAAGGAAAUUGGAGAUCUUGGCCUUGUUGCAGUUAAGAGUAGAUCAACACAACCAACCAUGUUCAAGCCAAAGGCGUUGACGAUCAGGGCGGUGCACAAUGGUCUCAUGGGCAUCGCUACGGUUUCCGGAAGUGGCGCCCAAGGCCGUAAGGUGGAUUCAAUCAAGAAGCUCUUGUCAGCAGCCGAUGCUCAUGGUACCGGAAAGGUGGACAUCAAUAAAGACAAGGGGGGUCCCAGCGAAGCCAAGUAUCUUGUUCGCUUCCUGGAGGGUAAGCUUCGACUUGGUUUAGCAGAGAGGACAGUUUUGGUCUCUUUGGCUCAAGCAGUAGUCUAUCAUGAGGCAGAUGCCAAAGGACAAGUUCCCAAGCCUUCGGAUGUUGAGCAGGCAGAGGCCAUUCUCAAACAAGUUUACAGCGAGCUCCCUAGCUAUGAUGUUAUCAUCCCCGCCAUGGUGGAACACGGUAUUAUGAACCUUCGCGAUCAUUGCAAGCUGAAGCCUGGUGUACCCCUGAAGCCCAUGUUGGCGAAACCAACGAAAGCCAUCACCGAGGUUCUGGAUCGCUUUGAGAACCAAACCUUCACUUGUGAGUACAAGUACGAUGGUGAACGGGCACAAAUUCACUACGUCGCCAAGACUGCGGAUGAGGAACUUAGUCAGUCCCUACCAGGGGCCACCCAGGCUGCGGCAGAUGGCGUUGCAUCUAUCUUCUCGAGAAAUUCUGAAGAUCUUUCAAAGAAGUACCCUGAUAUUCUGGCAAAGCUGCACACCUGGGUAAAGGAUGACACCAAGAGUUUUGUCCUGGAUUGCGAGACAGUGGCCUGGGAUGUCGAGGAAAAGAAGGUGCUUCCUUUCCAGCAGUUGAUGACUCGCAAGAAGAAGGAUGUCAAGCUUGAAGAUGUCAAGGUCAAGGUAUGCGUGUUUGCCUUCGACCUGCUCUACCUGAACGGUGAGGCCAUUGUCGAGAAGUCGCUCCGUGAACGUCGUGAGCUACUCGAGAAGGCUUUUGCGCCGGUGGAAGGCGAAUUUGCUUUUGCAACACAUAUGAAUGGUCAAGAGCUGGAGCAGAUACAGGAGUUCCUUGACGAGAGCGUCAAGGCAUCUUGUGAGGGCCUCAUGGUCAAGAUGCUGGACGGCUCAGAGAGUGGGUACGAGCCCAGCAAGAGAAGUCGAAACUGGCUCAAGAUAAAAAAAGAUUACCUCAGCGGUAUCGGCGACUCGCUCGAUCUUGUGGUGCUGGGUGCAUACUAUGGAAAGGGCAAGCGUACAUCCGUGUACGGCGCAUUCCUUCUCGCAUGCUACAACCCAUCAUCUGAUUCGUAUGAAACUGUUUGCAACAUUGGCACGGGAUUCUCCGAAGCGGCCCUUGAGGAGCUUCACUCUCAGCUCUCAGAUAUUGUUAUUGACCGGCCAAAACCAUUUUACGCGCACUCCUCUGGAGGCCAGCAUCAGCCUGAUGUCUGGUUCGAGCCGCGUUAUGUCUGGGAGGUCAAGACUGCAGAUCUGACGCUCAGCCCGCGCUACAAGGCAGGGUGCAAGGAGGGCGUCGACCCUGGCGGUGAGAAGGGUAUCUCGUUACGGUUCCCACGCUUCAUCAAGGUGCGUGACGACAAGAAGCCUGACGAGGCCACGUCUAGUCGGCAAGUGGCCGAGAUGUACCGUAAACAGGAGAGCGUGACCAAGAGCAAGGGUCCCGCCGUGGAUGAUGAUUUCGAGUAUUGA